UUUCGCAUGCUCCGCGACGCAGCGUGUUCCAUGCGCCCUUCCUCGUCAAAUUCAUGCUAGGUAUUCAGCUCUACUACUAUAAAACGGGCAUCUGCAGCCAAUUUUAUUGGACUCUCUCGCUCCUCGGUCGUCUCUCCUCCAAUCCCAUCAUUUCUCUCCCCCCAUUUUCAAGUCGACCGCAGCCAGGUAUUAUGGCAGAUCAAAACCAUUUCCCAACUAUCUCCCAGAAGGUAACUAACCAAUUACAUCUGGGAUCGAGCAUCUCACAAGUGCGCAAUGGAGGUGUCCCACAACCUGCCGCAUAUCAGAGACGAUUUGCUUAUGGCAAUUACACAAACCAAGCCUUCCAAUAUCCUAAGACCUGUGUUGCAACCCAGGAUCUGUCGUUGGUCUCUGUGAAUGCUAACCCAGUGUUUGCUCAGGCUCCCUCAGAGAAAGGCUUUGCUGGCUUUGCAAUCGACUUUCUUAUGGGAGGAGUUUCAGCUGCUGUGUCAAAGACCGCUGCUGCUCCUAUUGAGCGUGUGAAGCUUUUGAUCCAAAACCAAGAUGAAAUGAUCAAGGCCGGCCGUCUUUCUGAGCCAUACAAAGGAAUUGGAGAGUGUUUUGGUAGGACGAUUAAGGAUGAAGGGUUUGGAUCACUGUGGAGAGGAAACACUGCUAAUGUCAUCCGUUACUUCCCCACUCAGGCCUUGAAUUUUGCUUUCAAGGAUUACUUCAAGAGACUGUUUAACUUCAAGAAGGACCGUGAUGGUUACUGGAAAUGGUUCGCUGGCAACCUUGCUUCCGGUGGUGCUGCUGGUGCUUCCUCACUUCUCUUUGUGUACUCCUUGGAUUAUGCUCGUACUCGUCUUGCCAAUGAUUCCAAGGCUGCAAAGAAAGGAGGUGAGAGACAGUUCAAUGGUCUAAUUGAUGUCUACAGGAAGACUCUCAAAUCAGAUGGUUUGGCUGGUUUGUACCGUGGGUUCAACAUCUCAUGUGUUGGUAUCAUCGUAUACCGUGGUCUGUAUUUUGGUAUGUACGACUCUCUGAAGCCAGUCCUCCUAACUGGAUCUCUGCAGGAUAGUUUCUUUGCUAGUUUUGCCCUCGGUUGGCUCAUCACCAAUGGUGCUGGUCUUGCCUCCUACCCAAUUGACACUGUUCGCAGAAGAAUGAUGAUGACAUCAGGUGAGGCUGUCAAGUACAAAAGCUCAAUGGAUGCCUUCACCCAGAUCCUCAAGAAUGAGGGUGCCAAGUCGUUGUUCAAGGGUGCUGGAGCAAACAUUCUUCGUGCUGUUGCUGGUGCUGGUGUGCUUGCGGGUUAUGACAAGCUUCAGGUUAUCGUUUUCGGAAAGAAAUAUGGAUCUGGUGGUGGUUAAGUGUCCACUGGUUUUUUGGAAAGAGAUGGUGAUGAUAAAUCCAUUUUUGCUGUUUAGUUCGAGAAAAUGACAAAACCAAAGUAUGAUCGAAGAUAAAAAUAUUGUUUGAGAAUUGACAAUGCGCGAUGAUAGCCUUCUUGUUAUUUAGUUUGGGAAUUGUCUCUCCUGUUUUUAUAAUUUUUUGUUAUUAAUUUCAUACUCUGUUAUGUUACUA